UUCCUGACCCCCAAACAGAUGUGGGCUUUCUAGGUAGACAACUCUUUUAAGUGGAGAUCACUGUGCAGAAAUGACUCUCUGGAAGAAGAAAGCAUUAGCUGAAGCACUAAGCUGCCACCACCGGUGACUGUAAGUGAAACAUAAGUCACUCCACACAACUUCAUACACAUACAGAGCUGGGGGUGAGGUUGCUUCCCACUCGCCUUCUGACAUCAGACCCUUUCGAUGUAGCUCACAGGACGACCAGCAACAAAAUCCUUGGCGAGAAAAUGAAUCUCUUUCUCCCAUCGCCUGCAGCCUUUCACAUCACGCCCCCAGAGAAAUCUUUCUUCAUCCGACAAACAGUGAAGAUUUUUUUCCAGGUCACAUGAUCCAGGAUGGAGGGGGAAAAUCCUACUUGGAACAGAGAUGGCCUGUGAGUCUCAACAGAUCAAGGACGAUAAGGUGUGAGGUGGAGGUGGGGGGAUUAUAUAAAGAAUGUCCUCUGUACCACGGCAAACAUCCCUCCACCAACUGAAUGCUUCUCUUGAGGCAGCCAUGAAUGUGUCUGAAGGCACAGUCACAAGCCAGCUCAGGGCCACUAGCCGGACUUAUUUUUAUUUCACCACAGCCACCCUGGUUCUGUGUCUCAUCUUUACUCUGGCGACUAUAAUGGUCUUAGUAGUUCAGAAGAAGGAACCCAUCCCUCAGCCAUCUGAGAGUUUUCGCCGUGUAGGAGGAAAUUGCUCAUUGGACUUCUUAAGUAUAUUGAAGAAGCCUCUUGGGACUGAGUCAUCAGCAUAUCUACAAGUUUCAAGCCCAAUAAAAAGUUCCAAAUUGACCUGGAACAAAGAUGGAAUCCUCAAUGGCAUUAGAUAUCAUGAUGGAAAUCUGAUCAUCCAAUCUCCAGGCUGGUAUAUCAUCUAUUGCCAGUUGCAAUUUUCUGUGCCAAGUUGUCCAAACAAUACAAUUGACUUGAAGUUGGAACUUCUCAUCAAUAACCAAACAAAGAAGCAAACUCUGGUUACUGUUUGUGAAUCAAAAACAAGAACAAAGAAAAUCUAUACCAACCUCUCCCAGUUCUUUUUGGAAGAUCUAGAUGUCAACAAUACCGUGUCUAUCAAAGUUGAAGAAUUCCAAUAUGUGGAUACAAAUACCUUCCCUCUUGAAAGCGUAUUGGCAGCCUUCAAGUACAGCAAUCUAACUGAACGAUUGUAACCUCCUUUGGUCCUUGGAGAGGAACCGGUUCAUCCACCAAUACCACAUACAGUCUAUAGCUUUUCAUAAACUAAAAAGGGAGAAAAAGAAGUCUUUUCACUGGAGACCUUUAUCAUUAGAUUAAAACCUUAAACAGUACAAAACAUAUGCCCAAUCCACUUUCAUUCAUCACUCAUUCUGUGAUGAUAUGAGAGGCUGUGGGUGGAACUUUUUUUCAGGAGGGAGACAAAAGAAAUUUCAGUCAUACAGCAGCCCACUCUCCAAGCAUCGACACUUAAAAUUCCAAAUCAGUGAAAGAUCAAUCAAUCGUGAAAGAUCAAUCAAUCAAGAAAGAUUGGGCUACCUGUCCCUACAGUCUGACUUAGUAAUAAUGCCCAGAAUAUUAUAGUAAAUGGCUGGACUGGGCAGGGAAUCACAAGGUUUGAAACAAACAUCAGGGAAAAUUCCCUAUAGUAGAGUACUCCAAUGUCAAGAUAGGUCCAUGGAAGAAAUGUAUUUAAAAACAAGAGAUGAUUCAAAGGAAGACUAAUUAGAUGGGAUGCUUAGCAAACUAUUAACUAAGGCCUGUAUUUAUUCCAAUUAAGAACAACCAUAUCAAGCACAUGCAAUCAUUAGCCUCCUGCUGCCUCAAAACAUGAAAUACCAUACUAUCAAUGAACAUUAGCUGGUAACAAUGACUAUAGUUCAUGGCAAUCAUAGAAGCGGCAAAUGACUGCUGUUUCAGAUGCUUGGAGUGUUUUCUCUUGCAAACAGAAGAGAAAUAGCUGUAUAUGUCUUGGACCUUCACUUCUCUUAGUGUUUGUGCUGAUCCUAAUUCCUGCAUGUGCUUUUCAGGAAAAUAAUUAGAUUCAGAUGUAGGCAAAUAUGUUGAAAAGGACAGAGUUGAAAUCUUAAUACUUGAAAAGCCUUGGAUGGAACUUGGGCAAGUUCCAUCAUUGUGAUCCUGAAGAUAAUAGAAGGAAAUCCUAAGUGACUACAAUAAACUUCAAUAGAUAGGUUGGAGCAAGAAAGGCUGCAAUAAAUACAAGGCUCAUAAACUUUCUUUCUGUACCCACCCAGACAUCUGGGCAAAAGCGUAUGUUUAGAUAGAUAAACCAAAGGGGAAGUGGCUUCAUGCAGUAGAGAUAUAUUCCUGUCUUGUUGUACACAAAUUAAAGUUUGAUAAAUCAAAAUCUUUCUUCCAUUGAUUUUCAUCAGAACUUCAGAGAUUUUUGUGACUUUCUUUGGGCUUUUAGUUUCAGUGUUCAAACUUUUGAUCAUUCUGUCUCCCUCACCCCAAUUCAAUUUCUCCAUUAAGCAACAAUCUGUAAACAUUUAAAUGCAUCCAGGAAAAUCCUUAUUUCAUAAUCACUAUCCUUACUUACCUCAUUCUAUAGUUAUUAAGCAUCUUCAUAUUCAUCUCAUUUGACCCUUACAAUAGAAUAGAAAGCCAAGGCCAAGAGAAAUAAAAUUUGUCUAAAGUCAUAUGGUACUAAGUGUUAAAAAGUCAGGAGGAAAACUUGAGUCAUGAUUCAAACUCCAGGAAUGGGCAAGAAUUCUGUGACACAUAUAAAUCAUCUUUACUAAAAGAACUGAUGGAGGUAGAAGGAAGCCAAGAUGAGAGAGAGAAGCCAGAAAGUUUUCUAAGCUUUCUCCAGUUUACCUCAGGAACAAUAUUAAAUCAAGCCUCUAAAAGAAUUCUAAAGCAAAUGGAUUCACUAAAAGAUAAAGUGAAUUUUCCAGUUGAAGAUAACUUAAAAGGACUUCAGAAAAGGUAUAUCUCACUUAGGUAAAAAUGGGAGAGUAGCCCAGCAAAAACAAUGUCCAGGCAAACCAGCAAGAGAUUGGUAGCCACGGUACACAUCAGUAACUGAUGCCCCAAGGUCCAGGCUCAGCAGGAAAUUGGCACAGCAGAACAGUUGUGAGGUCCAGCCCUGGCACAGCAGACAAACUGCCAGCUCUGGAUCCAGGGCACAAUGAGCAUGACUAGGCUAGUGCAGUGGGUAAGUCAUCAGCCCCAGAGAUCUUGGUGCAGAAAACCAGCGACCUGACUACUGACCCUUAGUACAACAAGUUUGGGCCAGUGUCCCCUGUAGCCCAGAAGCAAAGAUCAACUUUUUUAAAUGAGCAAAAAACAAAAGAGUCCUGACAAGAGAAAGCUACAAUGGUGAAAGAGAAGACCCAAAUACAAACUUAUAAGAUGACAACAAUGUCAAAAUGCCUACAUGCAAAGCCCAAAAGAGGAACAUGAAUUGGUCUAGAGCCCCAAAAAUCCUCUUGGAAGAAUUCAAAAGAGAUUUUACAGAUCAAGAAAGAGAGGUAGAAGAAAAAUUGGGGAAACAAAUGAGUUAUGCAAGAGAAUUAUGAAAAAGGAGUUAAUAGCAUAGAAAAGUAAACUCAAAAAUUGAAGAAAAUAAUUCCUUAAAAACAGAAUUGGUCAAAUGGAAAAGGAGGAAUCUAAAAAAUUAUUACUUAAAAAUUAGGUUUGGGCAAGUGGAAUCUAAUGACAAUAUGAGACAUCAAGACAUUGAUAGAACAAAAUUUAUAAAGUUUAAAAAAUGGAAGAAAAUGAGAAAUUUCUCAUUUGAGAAAUAAUUAAAUGGAAAAAAAUCCAGGAGAGAUAAAUUUAAAUUAUUGUACAACCUAAUAGCCAUAAUUUUAAAAAAGAGCCUGGAAAGCAUAUGUCAAGAAAUUAGUAAAAGAAACUGAUAUCCUAGAUCCCAAGAAUAAAAUUGUCAUUGAAAAAAAUCCACCAAUCAUCCCAAAAGAUAACUCCAAGGAAUAGUACAGCCAAAUUCCAGAAGUAUCAGGCCAAAAAGAAAAUAUUGCAAGCAACAAAAAAGAAACAAUUAAAAUAUCAAGAAGCCACAGUCAGAAUUACACAGGAUUUAGCAGCUUUUACAUUAAGAGAUCUGUGGGUUUAAAAUAUGAUGUUCCAGAAGACAAAAGAGCAUGGACUACAACCAAGAAUCAAUUACCCAGAAAAAUUGAACAUAAUUUUUUAAAGGAAAAGAUAGACAUUCAAUAAAACAAGGGAAUUUCAAACUUUCCUAAGAGGAUAUGGAUAUGUUGACUUUGAUGUGAUGAUAUUUUAAAAAAUUAAUUAAGGGGUAAACAAAAGGAUUGCACUGGGAAGAAAGGAAAUGGAAUCACAUAAAGAUACAUAAGACCUAUUAUGGUAUAGGAAAAGAAAAGAUAGGGUUAGUAUCAUUUGAAUCUUAGUUUCACCAUAUUUGACUGAAAGAAGAAAAAACUGAUAUACUGAGCUGUGUAAAGAAAUCUAUCUUACCACAUAGGGACAUUGGAAGGAAUGAGGAGGAAUAGGAUGAAAGCAGAGAAAAAGAAAAGGAAGCAGGGAGUAGGAUGGAGGGAAAUACAUAGCUAAUAACCAUAGCUGUGAAUAUGAAUGGGAUUAACUCUCCCAGAAAAUUAAAGCAGAGAGCAAAGUGGAUCAAAAACCAGAAUAUUAUAAUGUGUUUACAAGAAACACAUUUGAAACAGAGAGAUACACAUAGAGUAGAGGUAAAAAACUGUCAGAAUAUAUUCUGCUUCAGCUGAAGUUUAAAAAAAAAAAAAAAGCAGGAGUAAGCCCGAUCUCAAGGAAAUCAAAAGCAAAAAUAAAUCUAAUUAAAAUAGAUAAGGAAUAGAACUACAUCUUGCUAAAAGGUACCAUAGACAAUGAAGUAAUAUCAGUACUAAAUACAUAUUCUCCAAGUGAUAUAACAUCCAAAUUCUUAAAGGAGAAGUUAAAUAAAUUACAGGAAGAAAUAGACAGCAAAACUAUGCUUUUGUAGGGAACAAUGACCGACCUCUUUCAGAGCUUGAUAAAUCCAACCAAAAUAUAAACAAGAAAGAAACUAAGCAGAUAAAUAUAACAUUAGAAAACUUAAAUAUGAUAAACCUCUAAAGAACUUUCUAAAGAAAAUUUCUAAAGAAAACUGAAUGAAGGUAGAAAUUAAUAUACCUUUUCUCUCAGUGGCACAUGGGACCUACAGACAAAAAAAAAAAUUGACCUUGUGUUAGGGCAUUAAAAACUUCAAGUUCAAAUGCGGAAAGGCAGAAGUUUUAAAUGCAUUCUUUUCGGAUCAUGAUGCAAUAAAAAUUAUAGGUAAUAAGUGGUCCAUUAGAAAAAAGUUUAAAAAUUAAUUUGAAUUUAAUCUAAUAUUAAAGAAUAAGUGAGUCAGCAACAAAUCAUGGAAAUAAUAAUUUUGUCAAAGAGAACAACAAUAAUGAGAUGACAUAUGAAAAUUCAUAGAACACAGCCAAAGCACUACUUAGUGGAAAUUUUAUAUCUCUAAAUGACAAAAUGAAUAAAAUUAGAGAAAUAUCAAAUCAAUGAACUGGGCAUGCAGUUGAAAAAGCUAGAAAAAGAAAAUUAAAAAUCCCCAACUAAACAGCAAAUUAGAAAUUCUGAAAACCAAAGGAGAUAUUAAAAAAAAAAAACUGAAAGCAAGAAAACUAAUAAAUAAAACUAAAAGCUGUUUUUAUGAAAAAUAACAAAAUGUUUUAGCUUUAGCAAUAAGAGAAAAAAGAAAUAAGGAACAAAAAUAGGUGAUGAAGAGAAAAAGCUAUCGUUCCUUGCAGAUGCCAUAAUAAUAUGUUUAGAGAAUCCUUGAGAAUCAACUAAGAAACUUCUUAAAAUAAUUAGCAAUUAACUGUUGACAAAAACUUCUGGGAAAAUAGGAAAAUAGUAUGACAGAAACUAGGCAUGGACCAACAUCUCACAACAUAUAGCAACAUAAGGUCAAAAUGGGUACAUGAUUUAGAUAUAAAGGGUGACAUUCUUAGCAAAUUGGGAGAGCAAGAAAUUAUUUUUCUGUCAGGUCUAUGAAGAAGUGCAGAACUGAUGACCAAGUGAGAAAGAGAUAGGGAUACUUUUGAUAACAUUAAAUUAAAAAGAUUUUGUACAAAUAAAACCAAUAAAACCAAUGCAACCAAGAUUAGAAGGAAAUCAGAAAGAUGGGAACAUUUUUUAGAGCCAGUGUUUCUGAUAAAGGCCUCAUUUCUCAACCAUAUAGAGAACCAAGAUCAAUUUAUAAGAAUACAUGUCAUUCUCCAAUCGGCAAAUGGAUAUGAACAGGCACUUUACAGAUGAAAAAAUUAAAGAUGUCGAUAGUCAUGAAAAUAAAUGCUCUGAGUCACUAUUGAUUAGAGAAACAUAAAUUAAAUAGCUCUGAGGUAUUAUCUCAUACCAUAUUGGUUAAUAUGACAGAAAAGGAAAAUAAUAAAUGUUGAAGAAAGUGUGAGAAAAUCAGAACACUAAUGCAUUAUUGGUGGAGUUGUAAACUAAUCCAACCAUUCUGGAAAGCAGUUUGGAAAUAUACUCAUAUAUAUAUAUAAAUAUAUAAGGCUAUAAAAAGGCUAUAAAAGGGCUAUAAAACUUGGGUCUAGCAGUACCACUACUAUUACUAAUAGCAGUACUAUUACCCCAAAGAGAUUAUAGAAAAGGGGAAAGGACCUACAUGUACAAAAACAUUUAUAGAAGGUGGUGGCAAAGAAUUGGAAAUUGAGGGCUCUCCAUGGUUGUGGAAAUGGUUGUGAUAAAUGAAUGUAAUGAGAUGCUCAUGUUAUAAGAAAUGAUGAGUAACUGCAUUUCAGAAAAACCUAGAAAGACUUGCACAAACUGAUGCUAAGUGAAGUGAACAGAAUGAGGAGAACACUAUAUACACAGUUACAGUAGCACUGUGCUAUGAUCAACUAUGAUUGAAUUAGCUCUUCUAAGCAAUACAAUGAUCCAAGACAAUUCUGAAAGAUUCAUAACAGUAAAAAAAAUUGCUAUCCACAUUCAGAGAUAAAACUGUGGAGUCUGAUGUAGAUUAAAAUAUACUAUUUGGUUUUUUGUGGCUUCUUUCAAAAUGUGACUAAUGUUAAAAUAUAUUUCUAUGACUGCACAUGUAUCAGAUUGCUUGCCAUCUUGGAGAGUAAAAGAAACAGGAAAAGAGAAAAAAAUCUAGAACCCAGAAUCCUAUAAAAAUGAAUACUAAAAACUAUCUUUACAUGUAAUUGGAAAAAAUAAAAUACUAUUAAAAUAAAAUUAGUGAAUUCUCA